AGCCUAAACGCAGUAUCGACGUGUUAAAGCGAAUAAAAAGCUACCAACGGGAAGAAGAAGAGACAACAGGAGUAUGAACUUGAUCUUUUACUGAUCAUCAGUUGAUAGAAUUGAUGUGAUAGAAAGUGGACAGAUCGCCGAUCGCUCUCCUACAAACAAGAAGGAGAUUUAAACCGACAGUGAGUACAUGACCUUGAUGUCCCUUUGAGGCCUUCUGAAUUCACUUCAUUUAAUUUUCUGGUCAGUGAGUGUAAUGCACCCAGUAAAGUCAACAGGAAAACUUUACAUGUUCUUCCACAGUCGUAGAGAGGAGCUCAUGGUUCGUAGAGACAGCUGCCACAGACGGAGAAACACAAGAACAGAGAGAAGAUGAUCAGGAUCCUUCUGUUUCUCAGCCUGGCGUCCUCUGUCUGGACGUUUGUUUUGAAAAGGACUCCGACUGUCUUUGAGGCCAAAGAGGACGACAACAUCACCAUCAGCCUGGACAGUCAGCUCCAAGCUGACGUGUCUCUGGCUGACAUGAUGUGUGUUUUCCACUCAGACGUCACUAAGAUUUUGUUUAAAAUGAUCAGAGGAGUGGAGGACUCUGAAUCUCAGGAUGAGCAGUUUGCAGGACGAGUUCAGACUGACAGAGACGCUCUGAGAGGAGGACGAAUCAGACUUCAUCUGUCCAGAGUCACAGCUGAAGACUCUGGAAGCUACAGGUGUGACGUGGCUGCUGACUACGACAACAGCCUGAAGAAAUGGAGGCUCGAUACAAAUGAAAACUUUGUUUUGAGUGUGGGUCCAACCUCUGAUGGAGACAGCAGUGACGUGUCACUUAAACCUCCAAUGUUUGGACCACCAAAAGAUCCACAACUGGCAGGAAGAAGGACAAGUCAGGAGGAAACAGCUCUGUUUGUUCUGGCCGUAUUUUUAAUUAUUGCAAAUGCAGGAACCAUCAUACUUUCAAUAAAAUUUCUUCAUGAUGGUUUAAAACGAUCAACAACAUGAUGAAACGCUGCCACUGUGUCCCUGAUCAAAUGAGUCAAACCAACAGCGACUUUCUUACCUGCUCCAGUUAUGCUACAGUUAAAAACAAACAAACAGCAGCAAAAAAAAGCUCACUAUAAGAAAAUUUACCUGUUAGUGCCAAAAAAAAAUUACACUUGAAAGAUGAAAAAUGACAAAAAAAGAAAAUCAGAGAUGUUAAAAUGCUGAUUCUUUGCUUUUGAAAAUCUUUUUCAGUAUUUGUUUAUUUUUGUAAAAUGAGCUUUUGAACUAAGAGUUGAUAGAAAUUAGAUUUCAGAAGCAAAUAAUUAUUGAUGUAGUGAGUUAUGGUGUAAUUUCCCCAUAUAUAUUGCAUAUGCAGUAUGAUGUAUUUUUUUCACUUAAAAAUACUCAAAUGAAGAUCAUUGUAUAUCAUGGGGGCAACAGCUGUGGGUCUUUAAGGAAGAAAGAACAGAAUAGCCUGUUCACUAAUAUUCUGUACCAUCUCUUCAAAGUCCUUCUUUUCUGUGUCUAUUACCACAUUGUGUUCAUGUGCACAGAGAAAUAAUUUACUUGUUAUCAAAAGGGACUUUGACAUAUGAUUUCAUCAGUUAAAUUGCACAAGGCAUAUUGUAGAGGACACAGCAGUCAUGAGCGGCACUAAUGCUAACUUUAUUUGAAACAACUUGUUUGUAGAUAUUUUGAUUUUGUUCUUGAAAUAAUAUUUUUGACUUUUACAAAUAUUGUCUUAUUCUCAAAAUGCAAAACAUAAAAAAAGUUGUCAGUCAAGUCCCCACAGUGCUGCUUGGUAGACUGCUGCAACAGCUGCGGGCGGUGAAAUGGCUGUAAAGUGAAAUGUCUUUCACUUCUUGUUUUUCUGGUUUUUCUUUACACACUUUGCAGUCGAGACACUUUGCCAGCUGAUUGCAAACUGGUGAACUCAACCCAGAGGAAGCAAUGGAGUUUGAUGUGAUUCUUGGACAUGUUACUAUACUCAUACUUCCUGGACCACAGUGUGACCGAUCUUUUGAGUGGACAGACACAUUAAUGUGAAAGGCAAGAAGAAAGGUGUUUAAAAGGUGUUUCAAUCUGCACAUGUUUGGUCAUGAAUUGGGCAUUGAUCUGCUCACUUCAGAAUACAUCCAUAUUACUUGUUGAGGGAAUUCUCCUUUGGUUUGAUUCCUUGUUGUAUUCAUUGAACUUUGUAUUUUCAUUUCCUUUUUUUUUCUCUUGUCUAUGUAUUUUAAGUGAUGCUUUUAUGGGUAUGUUUAAUAAUUUGGCAUUUAUAACACAGUAAUUUCCCUGCUUUUGGGUUAAAUAAAGCAUAUUUUAUUUCAC